GGCUACCAUGGUAACAGCCACCGGAAGCGGAACAGAGACCCGGAAGCGGAAGUGCGUACAGGAGGGAAGAGAGAAAUCGCCGGAGCAACGUGAGAGGGAGAACAAUGAGUCUCCUAAACAAACCCAAGAGCGAGAUGACACCAGAAGAGCUGCAGAAGCGGGAGGAAGAGGAGUUCAACACGGGGCCCUUGUCUGUGCUCACACAGUCCGUCAAGAAUAACACGCAGGUUCUCAUCAACUGCAGGAAUAACAAGAAGCUGCUGGGACGGGUGAAGGCGUUUGACAGGCACUGCAAUAUGGUACUAGAAAAUGUUAAGGAAAUGUGGACGGAGGUUCCCAAAAGUGGGAAAGGGAAGAAGAAGUCAAAGCCAGUGAACAAGGACAGAUAUAUCUCCAAGAUGUUCCUCCGAGGAGACAGCGUCAUCGUCGUGCUCAGGAAUCCAUUACUGGCUGGAAAGUGAUGGCGCCCCCAGGUGGUCGCUGUGUUCUUCAGUUUGGCCUGUCGCCGUCGUGCAGUUAUUGCGGGCACUGGUUAUGUUGUGUAUGUCCCAUCCGUGUGGAGGCCUCCUGUGUGUGAGACGGGUGUGUCCGCACAUGCCUGGGAUCUGUUGGGUCCCAUGUAACAUGUUUGUCACUGUGUUUUGUUUUUCUAAUAAACAGGAGAAGUUA